CGGACUGCCAGACGUACAGAGCGAGAGAGAGCUCGGGGGUGUAUGAAGCCGACUGGUAACUUAAAGCUCCGAUCAACACACAAAGUCAGUCUACGUUAGUUAAAAAUGAGCACAUCGGAGUCAUUGGAUCGAAUGGAGCUCUGCGAGAGCCUCUUAACGUGGAUACAGACGUUUGGAGUGGAGGCCCCAUGCAAAACAGUAGAAGACUUGACUAGUGGUGUCGUCAUGGCCCAGGCUCUACAGAAAAUAGAUGCUGCAUAUUUCAAUGAAGCAUGGAUAAGUAGAAUCAAGCCAGAGGUCGGGGACAAUUGGAGGUUAAAGAUCAGCAAUUUAAAGAAAAUUCUGAAAGGCAUCCUAGACUAUUAUCAGGAGGUCUUAGGUCAACACAUUAAUGAUUUCACACUACCAGACGUGAACCUCAUUGGAGAACACUCCGAUGCAGCAGAACUUGGGAGGAUGUUACAACUUAUACUGGGCUGUGCUGUCAACUGUGAACAGAAACAGGAAUACAUUCAGACUAUAAUGAUUAUGGAGGAGUCUGUACAGCAUGUUGUCAUGACAGCCAUCCAAGAGCUGAUGAGUAAAGAGACUCCAGUGAUGGGGGGAAAUGACUCAUACGUGGACCUAGACAGACAGCUGAAGAAAACAGUUGAAGAGCUGAAUGAUGCUUUGGCAACCAAGGAAGAGAUUGCCCAGAGAUGUCGUGAGCUUGACAUGCAGGUUGCAGCCCUGCAAGAGGAGAAAAGCAGUUUAUUAGCAGAAAACCAGGUCUUGAUGGAGAGACUUAACCAGUCAGACUCCAUAGAGGAUGUAAACAGUCCUGCAGGGCGCAGACAUCUUCAGCUGCAGACACAGCUGGAGCAACUACAGGAAGAAACCUUCAGGUUGGAGGCAGCCAAAGAUGACUAUAGGAUCCGGUGUGAAGAACUUGAAAAAGAACUUUUGGAUGUGAAGUCACAGAAUGAAGAACUCGUAUCACUGGCUGAUGAAGCCCAGUCUCUCAAGGAUGAGAUGGAUGUCCUCAGACAUUCAUCAGACAAAGUCUCCAAACUGGAAGGCACAGUGGAACACUAUAAGAAGAAACUGGAGGACAUGGGACUUCUCAGGAGACAGAUUAAGCUGCUGGAGGAGAAAAACACAGUGUUAAUGCAGACCAACGUCAGUUUGGAAGAAGAGCUACGCAAAGCAAAUGCCACCAAAGGCCAGCUGGAGACUUACAAAAGACAGGUGGUCGAGCUUCAGAACAGAUUGUCAGAAGAGUCUAAAAAGGCUGACAAGAUGGAGUUUGAGUACAAAAGACUCAAAGAGAAAGUGGAUUCCCUCCAGAAAGAAAAAGACCGUAUGAGAACAGAGAGAGAUUCUCUAAAGGAGACCAUCGAGGAGCUGCAUUGUGUCCAAGCUCAAGAAGGACAGCUAACAUCAGGUUUGUUCCCAUUGGUCAGCAACGAUGGCUCUGAUUCACUGGCUGCUGAAAUCACCACCCCAGAGAUUAGAGAGCAUUUGAUUCGUCUUCAACACGAGAACAAGAUGCUGAAGCUGGCUCAGGAGGGAUCAGACAAUGAAAAGAUUGCACUGUUGCAGAGUUUACUGGAGGACGCCAACCGAAGAAAAAAUGAACUGGAGACAGAGAACAGAUUAAUCAAUCAGCGCCUUAUGGAGGAACAGAGUCAGGUAGAGGAGCUGCAGAAGAAUCUGCAAGAACAAGGAUCCAAAGCAGAUGAUUCUUCCAUUCUCAAGAAGAAAUAUGAAGAGCACAUGGAGAAAUUGCGGGAGUUGAAUAAUGAGUUACUGAAGAAAAAUGCUUUGAUUGAUGAAAUGGAGCCCAAAUACAAUGCCAGCUCUCAACGAGUAGAAGAACUUGAAGAUGCAUUGAAAAAGAAAGAUGAUGACAUGAAACAGAUGGAGGAAAGAUAUAAGAAAUAUCUGGAGAAGGCCAAGAGUGUAAUCCGGACUCUGGACCCCAAGCAGAACCAGGGUUCAGGUCCAGAGGUUCAAGCCCUCAAGAACCAGUUGCAGGAGAAGGAGAGGAUGUUGCACUCGCUGGAGAAAGAGAUGGACAAGACAAAAAGCCAGAGAGAUUACGAGGAGAAACUGAUUGUAUCUGCAUGGUACACCAUGGGUAUGUCUAUGCAGAAGAAGGCGGCUGAAGACAGACUUGCCAACACUGGUUCUGGUCAGUCGUUCCUGGCCCGGCAGAGACAGGCCACCAGCACACGUCGCUCCUACCCAGGCCAUGUCCAGCCAGCUACCGCAAGGUAGAUGGCAUUAGUGCAGAAAAAUAGUGUGCCACACUACUCUACAAAUCCCUUGAACCUAAAAUGUGCCUUUUUAAGGCACAGUAUUCCCUUUCUUUUCUAAUGGAUAUCAUUGUUUUCCUGUUUAUUGAUUUUCCUUUUUGUGUCUUCUUGAUUAGAUCCAUGAGGUAGAGAUGCCAGCAAAGGUUGCCCAAAUCUUGCACCAUUUUUAUUCCUGACUAAGCAUAUUUUUCCCCUGACUCCUGUGAUGCCAGGCUUUUUCACAUCCCAGCAUAUUUGAGCUUCAAGGCUCCUUUCUUUAAUAGGGUCUGACUAAUCACUCCACCCAAACACCCUCUUCUUCCCUCCCAACCACUGAUCUACCUGAACCUAGGCUCUUUGGCAAACUUUUGCCAAGCAGGUAAUCUGGACCCUAAAGCAGAGAUGAAUCUUGAUGUGCUACUGUUAUUUUUUGUUCAAAGAAAAUGCUCUGCCUGUUAAUGCAGUAUUUAUGCACAUCUCUACCUGUGAUGACAUGUGAGGUUCAGUGUGUUUUUUUUGACUGCAGUUGACACAUUUUUUGUCCUGCGUUUUGUUGUUAAGCUGUUUUAAUGUAGCUUUAAUCAGGUAACAGCAAUUUUCAGUCAAAUGUGACAAAUUGAUUUAUUCAAAUGGAAGAUAAUGCAGUUUUCUUUGUGCAAUGUUAUUGUUUUUCUAUGUGAGAUCAGUACUAAGCAACACAUACAUUUAGACAUAGGAAAAUGUAUAGUAACCAUAUGUAAAUGUACCAUUUGCAUCCUAAAUGGUCUGAAUGAGGUGUAAUCGGUCUACAAGGUUUGGUGUGAAACAUGCAGCUGUCAGCUGGUAACAGUGCAGCAAUAAUAUUGAAUGCUAAUGUCCUCCCAAGAAAUCCAUCUGUAACCACUCAAGUGGUUUAAGCUCUACCAGCAUUUCCCAUGUUGUCUCAGACAUGCCUUAUGUGCCAUAGUGAUACAUUUAAAUAUAUGUACCUCAGUAUUUGUUCAACAUUACUCUGCACAGCACACUUCCCUCCCUAAAGUACACCAAAUACAACAUAGUGAAUUCCAUUGUAGUUGAUGGGGUCUGUCCUGAGUGGUUUGGAGAAGAGAGGCAGUUUGUGCAGGUUGACUGCCUUCAAUGCCAUUGAGUCCACAAAGAGAUGGAUUGGAUUCAGUGUAGCACAUUAGAGUGGACUUACUUUUAUUGUCAUUCAGACUCCCUAACUGUCGGGGCAAAAAUGGUUUUUCCAAGUGCAUUAAACUAUAAUAAGUCUGGCACUGCACAGUACUGCCCAUAUCCCUUUGAAUAGGAAUAGGGAGGAUUGUAAUUUUCGCAUCUUGUCUUUAACCCAUAUUUUCAUUCUCUCCCUCAUCAUGUUUUUAAGGUACAUCAUGGAUGUUCUAUUAUUGGAACACUUGAUAUGUAUUCAUCAUUAACCGGCUUAUUAUAGGCGUACAUAUCAGUAACAUAUUACUGUAGCUCUUUAUUAGACACCAUGAAGAAUAUCUCACUCACUUUAAAUGCAUGACCCUUAACAGUUUUCAUCCAAUAACUUCCUAAUUAUUGCUUAUUGAUUGUAAGUGAGGAGAAGUUUUUGGACCUGAAUCUUAAUAUGUUUUGCUCAUUAUAAGUAGUGUAAGGUAGAACUGUUAUUCUUCCUGGAAUAAAUAGUGUGAUGUAACACAAAAAACCCUCUAGUAUUGUAAAUUUGCUUCUAUUUCACAGUAGUUAUAACACAUAACUACUGCAGUUGCCAGACCCUGUGUCACACUUCCAUGUAUUGUGUUAAAAUCAUAUUUCAUGUGUAACAACCCCCAUAUUAAUAAGCAGUAAGUAGAAAGUUAUUGUGGGGAAACUGUCAGGUACUGACCUGAGAAUUAUAAUGGAAAACUCAUGUAGAAUUAGUCCAUCAUAAGAACUAAUAAAGAGCCAUUAUGUUGCUAAUAUGCAUUUUUGUAGGAAACUAGUUAAGGCUGAAUAUUUAUACUUAACCUAUAUGAUUAACAUGAUGGAUCAUCAGAUGCUUUGUCAUUAACCCAGACAAUUUUUCAAGUGCCCCGUGAGGUCAAGGUCAGAAUGUAGGGCUCAUUACUCGGCUCUGUUGUCUGACUGGUGUCUCUCUCUGUCUCCUCCCUCAACAGCAAUAUCACUGCAUGACUGACACUCCAGUGAACUGGCCAAGCUUGAUUUAUCCUGGCCUUAGUUGGCCUAUGCUGGCCCCAGACUCGGCUAUGCUAAGCCACAUGAUGCAUGAACUACCUGCCUGCCUACUGUUUGCAUGAGUUCGCAUUGACACAAGGCUGCAAAUAACCAGCACACCAGCAGCAGCAUGAGCACUAACAACCCUCUGCAGCGUCAUGCAUUGUAACUUCCAGACAAGCGCAUGGAGGGGUUGUGUCGGUAAAGGAAUCCCCACCUUCCUCCUGUAUUUAAACACCUUCUGACCUUUCCUUCUCCUUUCUCCUGUACCGUUUUCCUUCCCCCUUUUAAUCCCUGUCUGCAUUCUCCUGCUCCUCUCUCCUCAUGGACAUGCCUGCUUGUGCUUCUACAUUACAUCGACUCUGUUACAAUUCAACUUGUUGCACAAACCUGGACAACAGAGGCAGAAUAUCCCAGUAUCAGUAUACAAUCGUUUGUCUGUCAACCAAACAGUUGAUUUAUAAAUAGUCCAUCUCUAUUAUUUGUCUGUUACAUUGUCUGGCUCUUUCAGGAUACCUCAGUGACAUAUUUUCACAUAUCUGUUUUUGAUUACCUGUUGGCAUCAAUCACAGAGAAAAAUUUGAGAGUUGUAAACUACAGAUCGGAAUAGCUGUUGAAGAUAUGUCUCAUGCUUUUGUCACAAAGCAAAUGGAAGUCCAAUAGAGAAAUGGUUCUGUCCAACCUUUCCUCUAUAUGUUGUUAGACGGCAUCCUAGACAUGUUUUUACCUCAAGUAUUAUUGAGUGAAUCAGGUUUGAGUAAAGGAGAGCUUGUGGGGCAUUACUGCAUUGGCCCCUGGGCUUUUUGGACAGCAGUAGGACCAUGGGAUGGCAAAGAAAGUGUUUUAUAAUGUCUCACAUUAUUUCAGAUAUGCUUUUAUACAGAAGCCCUUAUUAAGCCUUCUUGUAUUUUUUUCUUUAGAACAAAUUCCACAUCAUGUAGCCUGUGCUUCAUGAUAAAAUGCACAUUGAGUUAUUCCAAUACAGUAUUCUUAACUUAAGCUACAUUUUAAUAAACAUGUACAUUGUAUGUUGUUUGUCUAAACAGCAACUAAUCUUGUACAUGUAAUAAACUUUACUGACAGGUUUGAUACAUUACCACAGAACUGAGAUGAUGAUAUGAUGUUAAAAUGUAAUUGUUGCCUGGAGGAAGACUUCUAAAACUAUACUUGAGCUUAAGUAAGCAAGUGUACAGUGUCUCUUACUGUGGAUGGAAAGGGCUAAUCAGAUACAAUUAUGGAAAGGGAAAUAAUUCCAUCACUGUAAAAGGCCUGUUGAUAACAGCCUUCUUCAUUAAAUUAAUAUUAUAGCAGACUCAGCCUUGUGUUGUAUUAGGGUCAUUUAUGUGAAACUGUCUGGCAUUCAUUCUGCUCAUUGCUGUUUUUUUAACAGUAUAAAUACAGUAUUUUACAUUUUAACAGCAAUGUGAAGCACAUACCUUAACUGAAAAUGUGAUUUUAUCAUCAUAGAUGAGGAAACCUCAUUUGAAUUGAUAAAAAGGUGAGGAAAUAUAUUAAAAAAUAAACAUGUGGCGCUGAGGUAGAAUUCAGCUGGAUGUUUGCAUCUUCCAGGUGUAAAUGCACGUCUUAAUCAGAGAGAUGAUCAAAUCCUCCAGUCUAACCGAGUGCCUUUGUUUGAGAAGGGUUUCUAUAUUAAAAAAAAAAAACUAAAACUCCAUUGGGUCUUUUAGUUUGAAAAAGAAAAAAAAAUCAGCUUUAAUGCCAUCCCAUAUCAUCAUUUCUUGACAAACUUGUUCAAAAUAACAGGCUUAAUGAGGGCUUUUACUUCUCGUGUUGUUAUCCUGUUUUACUCAUAACUGUUAUAUUGUGCAACCUACGUUUAAUUCAUGCAGUGCAUCUGUUAUCUUAAUGGCUUAUUUAUUUUAUUUUCUGCUUUUACAGCAUUGGUGUUAAUUUUUUUAGUAUUAUAUCACCACUGUAAUGGUUGUUAAUGUUCUGCACAGCAUUUAAAUACUGGUCUUAUGCAACAAAAAGAGUCCACCUCUGGUAAUAGAGUGGUGCUUGUCUCCAUUUAUUGAAAAUGACACAGAGGUUAAUGAAAUCACACAUUGGAUUAAACUGGUAAAGCAAUGCAAAAGUAUAUACAGAGGGAGCUUUCACUGUGCAAACAAACCAGUUUGAAAAUGAAUGUUAUUUAAAAAAAAAAAAAAAAAAAAGCAUAUUUUACCCUACAAUUAUCUGUUUUCCAGUGUUUCAGUGAUGGCAGUAAACAGUAGGGAGUUGAAGGAUCUAACAUCAGUUUGUCAAAAUUUGGUCAGAUAGGAAAGUGGUGUCCAGGCAUCUGAUCUGCUAAACCUAAAGCCUUCAGUAUCUCCAGAAGCAGCCACAAGUUUGACUAUAUUAGAAACUUUUAACCGUCCACCCACAUAUAAUCAUCAGUUUAUUCAGUAUUUGUUCAUUUUGGAAAACAUCCACCAGUUUUAAUCUAUCAGGGAUAAUUUGGGAGACACAUUUUGGAGUUUUGACUUUAUUUUUCUGAUUAGUAACAACUGUUACAUUCUUACCCCCCUCACACCAGCCACUGUAUUUUGAUGCCUUUGUUUCUGUGUAUAUACAGUAUUUCACAAUGACAAUUUUCAUUUACCAGGGAAGAUAUUAUUUACCUACUGUUACUGUUGCAUAACAAAGACACUUGUUUUAAAGUCACCUGGUUUAGGUCAUUGUUCUUCUCAAUAUAGACAAAGUUGUAAUUUUUCACUUGUGUUACUGUAACAGUGUGUAUGAACAAAGUACUGAAUGAGGUUUGCAGUAAUGGUUACAAUAGUAAGUUAUAAUUUGGUAUAUUUGUUACAUCCAAAACCUAAAAUGAAUACCCAGUUUUCCCUUCUGUUACUUGCUGCUAAUGCCACAAAGAGGCAGCGAAAACUGUAACCGAGUGAUGAAACGAACAACGUGAGGCUGUCGACAGGUCAGAAUUUACCACAAAGCGUGCAGUGUUUGCUGUAUUUUUUACUCAUUGGGAAACCUUUUCUUUACAUAUCGAAGUAGCAAAUAACCUUUCCAUUUGCCAAGUUUUUUAUUGCUUGUAUACAACUACACUUUGUACAUACUUAAUGUGUCAGAGGUAGAGGAAGUGUCCAACUAUUGGAGAAUGGAAAAAAUAAAACUCAUGUCUAGUUAGGUGGAUUUCAUAUAGCAUCUGUCCAUUGAGGACUUGUUGAUAAAAUUGUGCUUCCUAUACCGCAAAACUUGGAAAUAACAUUGUAAAUAAAGCUUGUAUAAAACAG